AUGGGAUCGGAGCUGGGUGUCACCGCAAACUCCAGGCCGGAGCCGGUGCUCGAUGCCGUUGGCAUUUGGUGGGCAUGCUGGGCGAGCGGUUGGACGGCAUCCGUCAUCGCCGGCAUGGCCUUCCUCCUAUCCCGUCGCCACCUGCCGGCUCUCCGCAUCCGGGGACUCGGCCUCUCGCUCGCGGCCGUCGGGAUGCUUCACCUGUACUGGAUAUCCGUCCAGCUCGGCUACGUGCUGGGACCGCUGGUGCCCGGCCAGGUCGAAUUCUGGAUCAUGGGCGUCUAUCUGCCCUUUGGCAUCGCGCUCUUCCAUGCCUCCAACAGUCGAUUCCUGCACAUUGCCAAGACGCAGAGGAGGUAUGCCGAGAAGCGCGGUGCGGAUGUGCCGGUCGAAGCUCGCCCCGAGCAUGGCCUCGCCGGCCGCUUCCGCCGCCUCGAAUACACGACCAAGAUACUGGUCGUCGUCGGCUUGGGCAUGUUCGUCCAGCUGCUCCUCACAAUCUUGAUGUUCCUCAUCUCCCGCAAAUGGCACGGCGACUGGGGGAUUCCGGGUACCGAGGUUCGCGGUGGCGAGAUGGAGCAGAAGAUGGAGAUGGGCCGAGGCUGGGAAUGGUGGCCCUCGCUAUUCUGGCAGUUCUUCUGGGCCUGGAUCGUCGCACCCGUCGUCCUCUGGAAGGCGCGCGGCAUCCGCGACACCCAAGGCUGGCGGUUUCAAACCGUAGCAUGUGCCAUUGUCAACCUGCAUGCGACGCCCAUGUGGCUCAUCGCCCUCUACGUUCCCGCCAUGGAACCCAUCAACAGGUACUGGAUUCCACCCCAGUGGAUAGCCGUCUCCAUCAUGAUGACCGAGGUGUUCACCAUCUUCCUUCCCUGCUGUGAGGUGAUGCGCCAACAGGCGCUGCGGAAGGAGACGCUCGACUCCAUCGCCCAGUGGGAAUCGAAGAACCAGGUGGCGAUGGCGUCGGGCACCAAAUCGCUCCACUCGGCCUCGACCGUCGUCGAGUCCAUCAUGUCCGGCUGGGCGUCGACCAACGGCUCGGUCAGGACGAACGGCUCGGGCGAGAGCAUCCUCACCAUGAGCGCGCUCGAGCACGUUUUGGAGCGCAGACCGAUGCCGCUCCAGGAGUUUGCCGCCCUGCGCGACUUUUCGGGCGAGAACAUUGCCUUCCUCACCAACGUGGCCGAGUGGAGGAACUCGCUUCCGGCCGCCGUCCGCGAGGGCGGUGCCAAGGAUUCGCAUGCGAGGGAGCUCGUCCUCGAGCGCUUCGACAGUGCUCUCCGCAUUUACGCCGAGUUCAUCAGCGUCCGCGACGCCGAGUUUCCCAUCAAUAUCUCGUCAAAGGACUUGAAGCAGCUCGAGACCGUUUUCGAGCGCGCGGCGCGCAUCAUGUACGGCGACAAGGGCGAAGUCGAGCCCGCGACCUUGUUUGACACGCCCGCAUACUCGGUCGCAUCCUCUCGAGGGUCCGAAAAGUUGACGGGCGAGCCGAUGGCGAGCAGGCUGAUGCACGACCGGGUGCAGUUCUGCGGUGAGAUACCGGAUGAGUUUGACGAAACGGUCUUCCGAGAUGCCGAGAAGAGCAUCAAGUAUCUCGUGCUAACCAACACAUGGCCCAAGUUUGUCAAACAUUGGAGGUCCUGCCUCGAUUCCGUUGACGUCAUGGAGGCUGGGAACGAUGUCUUUGAGACGGCACGGAGGCGGUUCUCGAGGUGA